AUGGGGUUUGGCUGUGAGCUCUUAGGUAAUUUUGACAUGCCAAGUUUGUUUAAAGAAGGUGAGAUAAUGAUAGGGGGGAUUUUCCCAGUUUUCAACAAGGAUGUCAGCAACAUUGCUACAUUUGACGGGGAACCUCCUCCUCCUGUGAUGUGUGCUCUGUUUGACCUUCGGGCUUUUCGAUGGGCACAAAUGAUGAUAUUUGCAAUAGAAGAGAUCAACACAGAUCCUGCUCUCCUGCCUAACAUCUCUCUGGGUUACAGAAUUCUCAAUUCCUGUUCGUCUCCUACAAAUACUUUACGAGCUGCACUAACGCUGGCAAGUAGUCAAAAUGAAAAAGAAACAGCUUCUGGCUGUUCCCCAGCUGUAUCUGCGGUAAUCGCGGAGGCAGGAUCUUCCCAGUCCCUGGCGGUCGCUGGAAUUAUUGGACCUUUUCAAGUCCCAGUCGUGAGUUACUUCUCAACAUGUGCCUGUCUCAGUAACAGAGCUAAAUAUCCAACUUUUUUCCGAACAAUUCCCAGCGACUACUUCCAGGCCAAAGCCUUGGCAGCUCUGGUCAAGCACUUUGGUUGGGAGUGGAUUGGAGCCAUACAGUCAGACAACGACUAUGGACGAAACGGGGUUCUGGCUUUUAAAGAGGAAGUGAAAAAGUUUGGGAUUUGCAUUGCUUUUGUUGGGACAGUUCUUCGAACGUACCCUCAGGAAAAGAUCCUGAAAGUUGUAGAAAUGAUCAAACAAUCAACUGUCAAAGUCAUCCUGGCUUUUACGCCAGAGGGUGACUUUUACCCUUUGAUGAGAGAGAUAGUGAAGCAGAACAUCACAGGAAUCCAGUGGAUUGCCAGUGAAGCAUGGAUAACAGCUGCACGGCCCUCCACACCUGAAAUGUACCAAGCUUUCGGCGGAGCAUUGGGAUUUGUCGUUCAGAAGAUGAACAUCCCAAAUCUAUAUCCAUUUCUUAUGAAUAUUAACCCUUACAGAGAUCCAAGUGAGCCUUUUGUGAAGGAUUUUUGGGAGACAAUGGUUGGCUGUAAACCUUCUUCAAAUGUAUCGGACACUGGUGCAGCUAAAAUAUGCGCAGGCAAUGAGACGUUGAUGGAUCACACCCAGGAUGUGUUCUUCAAUGUCUCACAGCUCAGAGUGACCUACAACGUGUACAAAGCUGUUUAUGCUAUUGCACAUGCUCUUCACCAGCUGGUGUUCUGCCGACCAGCAGGAGAAAAAAAUGUGAAGCCAUGUUUGAAUGUAUCUGAAAUUCAUCCAAAAGAGGUUACCCAUCACCUGCAAAGAGUAAACUUCAGGAACCAGUUUGGAGACGAUGUGUUUUUUGACCAGAACGGCAAUCCGCCUGCUUCCUACGACGUCAUUAACUGGCAGCUCAGAAACGGGCAGGUUGAGCAUGUGACCCUGGGUCACUUUACAUCCACUAAAAACGGAGAGUACAGACUAAGCAUAGAGGAAGACAAAAUAGUGUGGAGGGCAGGACAGAUGGUCCCAACAUCAGUGUGCUCAAAUGCUUGUCUAGCAGGAACCAGGAAGGCUCAGAUUAAGGGGCAACCAGUGUGUUGUUUUGAUUGCAUUCCAUGUGCAGAAGGAUCUAUCACCAACUCAACAGGUGCAACAGAGUGCACAACCUGUCCACAGGAAUACUGGUCCAAUGAUAAACGAAACGAGUGCAUUCCAAAGACGGUUGAGUUUCUGGCGUAUCAUGAGCCCAUGGGAGUGGCGCUCACAGUCGUGGCCUUGCUAGGCGCCUCCCUGUCUCUGCUCACGAUGAUCGUUUUUAUCCACUACAGAGAAACUCCUGUAAUAAAAGCCAGCAACUCCGAGCUGAGCUUCUUCUUGCUGCUUUCUCUCUUCCUGUGCUUUCUCUGCCCUCUCACCUUCAUCGGUAGGCCCACAGUCUGGACCUGCAUGCUGCGCCACACCGCUUUCGGAGUGACAUUUGCACUUUGCAUUUCCUGUAUUCUGGGAAAAACCAUUGUGGUUGUAACUGCCUUUAAAGCCACACAUCCCAGUAAUAAAGUCGCAGUAAAGUUUGGUCCCACACAGCAAAGGAUCAUCGUUUGCUCCUGCACUUUAAUCCAAGUAGUGAUUUGCAUAUUGUGGCUUAAGUUAAAUCCCCCCUUGCCAGAUCGGGUUUUUAAAUACAGCAACAAGAAGAUCGUGUUGGAAUGCAACACGGGGUCAGAGGUCGCUUUCUAUGUGGUUUUGGGUUACAUAGGCUUUCUAGCAGUGGUGUGUUUGGUUCUUGCAUUUUUAGCGAGAAAACUGCCUGAUAAUUUUAACGAAGCCAAGUUUAUCACAUUCAGCAUGCUGAUAUUCUGCGCCGUCUGGAUCACUUUUAUCCCGGCGUAUGUCAGCUCUCCUGGAAAGUUCACAGUAGCUGUGGAGAUAUUUGCAAUCCUGUCAUCGGCAUUUGGUUUAUUAAUAAGUAUUUUUGCACCUAAAUGUUACAUAAUCAUAAUAAAACCAGAGAAAAACACAAGGAAACAUGUCAUGGGGAAAAAUUAA